AUGACACGGCUGCUGGUCUUGCUGCUGGUCUUCCUGCUGCUGCCUGUCUCCGCCUGCGGGGUGCUGAAGCCCAAAUGCCCCUUGAAUCUGAUCAAGGAUGAAAACAAGCCCUGGAAUUAUUACAGGCCAGGAGACCAUCUCAUUGGGGGGCUCAUCUCAGAAACUCCUGUCCUGUUCCAACCAACCAUCUUUUCAAAGCCUCCCUCCAUCAGACUUUUUGGGAAAGGUGUGACAACGAACUGGCCUGUCCUGUCUUUCCUCUUUGCCAUUCAGGAGAUCAAUGGGCACUCCCAGGGCUUGCCCAACCUCACGCUGGGCUACAACGUCUACGAGGACUAUUAUGAUGCCAGGAUGGCCUCGGAGGCCCUGGUAGACCUGGCAUCAACGGGGCCAUCCAACGUGCCAAACUACCACUGCGGGAGGCAGAACAACUUGCUGGCAAUUCUUGAAGGAGCUGAGUCAGAAAUCUCCAGCCAGAUUGUCAAUGUGCUCAGCAUCUACAAAAUCCCACAGGUCAGCUACGGUUUUGUUGCUCGCCUUCCGAAUGAUCAGACUGAAUUCCCCUUUUUGUACCAGAAGGUGCCAAAAGCAGAUUGCCAGUCCCGGGGCAUUGUCCAGCUGCUUCUGCACUUCCAGUGGACGUGGGUCGGUCUCCUUGCUCCACAGACUGACGGUGGAGAACACUUCCUGCAGACGUUUCCAUCCCUGCUCAUCAGGAACCACAUUUGUGUCAACUUCUCACAAAGCAUCCCAGUCAUGAAUACGAGAAAAAUGCUUUUAUUCCACAGAAAAUUUUAUAUGCCCAGAGAAAUCAAUGUGUUUGUUUAUUAUGGGGAGAUGCGCUUCUUUUUUGCUACAAUAAGUUUGUCAAAAUAUAUACUGAACUCUAUGCAGCAAAACCCAUUGUAG